AUGGCCCAAACACAGUCUCAGCAACAGUUUGCUUCACAGGCCUUCUCCCCGCCUGGUUCCACACCGUCCCCUACUGGAGCCCCUUCUUCGGCCAGCAGCGUCGCCCCUCCCCCAAAACGACAACGCCUCUCACCUUUACCUCAGACUCACUCUCCCUACUCGUCUCCAGGCUUUGGCACGUUACAGCUACCUCGGACAGGAAGUCCGGCCAACGGCAACCUCACCAACGGCACCUCCCCUCCAGCGAUAUCCGCUCCGCCACCUCCACCUUCAGGAACUAUGGGACCUCCAUCGAGACCCGUCGAGAAAGCCACCGAUACAGCUGAGCUAACAGAUGUUUUGGCUUCGUCUGGCAUCGAUGUGAGAGAAGAAGAGGAAUAUUUGACCCAUGCUUAUGGGCAGGCUCCUCCUGCCCCAAAACCACCCCCGCGUAUCCAAACGAACUUCAACAACCCCCCCCCCUCCCAACCAUCCGCUGGUAUAGUCUCCGCAGGAACCAGUUUCCUUGGCUCAGUGUUGCAGAAGCCAACGCCUACGCAGGGUACGUUUUCCACUAGUACGCCGACUCCCGCGGAACCCGCCGCUGCUGAGGACGAAAAGCUACGUCAAGAUACUGCAGCAAGCAGACGUACGCAAUACCCUCUACAGUCAUCUUUUCUGUUCACGGCAAUGGUGGAAGAUCGAAUACAAAAGCGAGCCUACGACCUUGGUGUGCGAAUGCCUGCGCAAGGCGUCUAUCGUCCCUUCCCGGGGCGUGCUGCUGGCCCUGUCGAGGUCACAGGUCCAGAUGGCUCUUCCGUGAUACGAACCGGCAAAACUCUUUUGACCCAAAACGCUCCACUUGGCGAUAUAUUGUCUCUAAUUUCACUGGCAUGCGAAGAGAGGCUUCGCUCGGUAAUCGAUCAUUCUUACACAGUAGCAAGCAAUCGACGUGCCAAUUCUCAUGGUGCUGUUCCAUUACAGUGGAGCGACGUGGCAGUCACAUUAACUCCCCCAAGUAAAAGGGCAGAUGGUCCACCGAAUAGAGAUGUGCUUGCUAGGUCAUCAAAUCCUGAACGUUCUCCACCUGAUACCUUCCAGGCUGACGAACUAUCCAGCAAUAAACAGAUUACAGCAGCCCAUAUCGUAGCGAAACGGAGUCGCAGUUUGAUCGAGAAGGAUAUGUCGAGUGAAGAACUACGGUCUCGUAAACGAGUCAGAAGGAACGCCGACACGACCCUAAAUGGUGAUUCCAGCAAGAUGGGUUCAGUUGGGGUCGCCACUGCUGGCGCUGCCACACCGACUACUCCAGCCACUGAGCGUGCUCUAGAUGACCGCAAAACCACCAAAAAAGACUUAAAAAAGGUCGACUCUAAAGUCACGGAAGCCGUACAACAUCAGCAGUCCGUUGAAACGGCUCGGAUGGCCACGAACAGUCUGACAUCGGGCGUCAGAUUUGGCGGGAAAAAGAAAACCUACAGCUGGCUAACCACUGGAUCUACCACAACGUCGCGGAGUGGUUUUUCCACACCGCCGAGGGCAAGUCCUGCUGCUACCGUUCCAGGCACGUCUGCUGCGAAGCUUAGUGCUGGUGGCGUUGGAGGAACUAGUAAACCAGUAAGCAAAAAGAUGGGAGACUGGCGAGAGGAUGAUAAGGAACGCGGGGCCGGGAUCCAGAUUAGGGAUAUCCUUUUUGUGUUGGAGAUCGACGGCAAGGGCUCGAAGCAUCUACAGAAGGCUUAUUCGAAGGAAUCGAAGGAGGAUGUCGAUAAGACUUCGCGGUAG